AUCUUUAUACGACCUUUUUGUUUUCUUUCCUAGUUGUUUAAAAUUAAUGUUUUGAAAGGAAGACAUGAUGCACUGGCAAAGGGUGAUAGGAUGACAAUCAUGCAGCGCAGGUUCCUGCCCUACCGCUUUACUGUGAUUGCUCCUUCACUCUGGUAUAUAAAUGUCCUUAACUCUUCAAAAUAAUGCCUUCUGCAAUCCCACAUGCCUGACUAGAAUUCUGGUUUGGGGUUCUUGUCCAUUGCUUCAAUUCUAAAGAAAUAAAUACUAAAAUUCCCUAGGAAUUUCUUCUGGGGCUGUCGGAGUUUGGAAUCUGUUGUUCAGAAGGCCUUUUCAAUUACUUCAUGCUCUGCGGGUGUGUGCAUUUUGUUUGAGGGCAUUUGAGAUAUCCGGCGCUGGUUAUAGGUGUUAUCGAUCUGGGGUUUUAGGAUUCAUCAAGAAAAAACGAAAGGAAAAAAUUACUUGUUUGGCUGGGUUUUGUUUCUGACAAGGAAAUGGGUGCCCUGGGGCUAUGAAGUGUUUGGCUCAGGGUUUUAGUGCUGAGAAAUUUCUCUAGAGGCAGGCUUGGUCGUGGGGGAGUGAUAGAAAUUUGAAAUUUGCAGUUAAAACAGUGAAGUUCUAUAGGAGAUAUACAAUACAAAUCACUAGCUUUAGUUGGGCAUUGGGGGAUGUUGGAUCGGAGCAUGACAAUGUCUUUCCCCCAUACAUUAAAUUUCACACCAGUACUGGUGAGUGACAGUAAUAAGAACAGAACCCAGUAUAGAGCAAGAUCAAAUCCACACGUGGCUAUGAAACUAUCUUCAGUUCUUGUACAAACUUAUGAGAAUAGAAAUUUACCUGAAUCAAAGAAGAUUUCGGGUUCAGCUUCAGCUCCAACAGGGUGUCAGACCCCUAUAUCGCUGCAUAGUCGAGCAAAUACCAUCGGUAUCAUUGGAGGGUCAUCUGUUUUUUCAACUCUGAUCUUCUUGGAAAAGCUUGCCUGGUGGAGUUCAAAAGGAGGAGAGGAAUGCCUUCCUUUUCUGGUUUGCAGCGAUCCGGUGUUAAGCAGAUAUCUUCCAUAUCAGAACUCACGUUCUUCAUUUGGCAGUAAAAAUGCCCCAAUCCAAUUGAAUCACAGUCUAAUGGUAGACAAUUUGCAGCGCAAAAGGGCGUUUCUCGAGCAGUCGGGAGCUAGUUGCAUAGUCAUGCCAUGCCACCUUUCUCAUGCAUGGUACGGUGAGAUAUCGGAGGGGUGUUCUUUGCCUUUUCUUCAUGUGGGUGAGUGUGUUGCAAGGGAGCUCAAGGAGGCAAAGUUGAAGCCACUUGAAGCCGGGAGCAGCGUGCGGAUUGGUGUCCUUUGCUCAGAUGCAACUUUAAUCGCUGGUUUCUAUCAGGAGAAGCUGCAAAAUCAGGGAUUUGAGGUUGUUCUGCCCGACAAAGCAACCAUGGAGCAUAUUGUGAUACCUGCAAUGGAAGCCUUGAACAGAAAGGACAUGGAAGGGGCAAGGAACCUUCUAAGAAUUGCACUUCGGGUACUCUUGGUGAGGGCUGUGAACAGAAUCAUUCUUGCUUCUGAUGAAAUGCAGGGUAUUCUGCCUCGUGGCGAACCUCUUCUCAAGAAAUGCAUCAACCCGAUGGAUUCUUUGGCCCGGUCAACUAUAAAAUGGGCACACUCCAUUGAAAACACGCACAAGAAAUCCUAAUCCCAGCUGCAGCAGAUGCCAUCAGAUUUAUUUACAGAAGUGAGCUCCUCUGGUUAUAUGUUGGACCAUUGGGGUGUAAAUGGAGGCAAGGGCUUAAAUCUUGUUAAGAAAUCAAAACAAAGAUCAGCAGUUAAUUAAGUAGUGUCAAAGAAAAAAAAAAGAAAUGCAUAUGGAAGCUGAGCUUUGACAACAUAUCCUGCCCUUGCACACUAAAGACUGAUGGAGGUCCACAACAUACCAAGCCAAAUGACAUAGAAGGGAAGAAAUUAUCCUUGUGGAGCAGCUUGAAGGCCCUUAUGUAAUACAGCAGCAAACCUAAAGCCACUUGUACAUCACGAAUCCUAUAGCUAUUUUAUACAAACUUGAAUGUGUCAAGGGAUUAUAUAUAUUUGAUGCUUGCAUUUUAAUGUUAA